UUCACAUUAUUUACAUAACCUUAAUUUGUGUUGAUGUUAUUGUAUAAAACAUUUCUUGAUAAUCCAAAUCAUGGAAGCAACCCGUUAUGGAUUAGAUCAUCAAAGAUUUCUCUCUUACGUUAUUAAAGAGGGUUGUUUACAAACAAGUAGGGCUUUAGAAAUUUGUAAAAAUUUCGAUAUUGAUUCCAUUAAAAACGAAAAAGGUUUAAAAUGUUUUAUUCAAACCAUAAACGAACGAAUAGGAACGUACAGCAUGCACAUUUCAGUUAUAAAUUGUGAAAUAACUGGAAUAUCUUAUGUGGUAUUGAACGAUAUGGCCAACGAUGAUAUUAGCAGAAUGCAAAAGGGUUUUAAACCAAUCGAAUUAAAAUACUUUGAGAUGAUAGUAAAAAAAAUUUUUUGUUCUAAAUCCAAACAAUUACUAAUUAAUCAAUGUUUGAAUUAUUCUUCAACAUUACCUGUUAAAAUUUCCAUCACUGAUGCUGAAGUUUUAUUAGAGAAAUGGAAAAAUCUAGGUUAUUUUGUUUUAAAUGAUGAUAUGGUUUAUUUAGGAGUGAGGUGUUUAAGUGAAUUUGCUCCAUUUUUCUGGAAGUAUUGUGAGAAUUAUGUGAAACGAUGUGAAUUGUGUUCAGAAUUAGUGGUGAAGGGAAGAAGUUGCGCUAGUUGUAAAGUUACAAUACAUGGUUACUGUUUAAAUAAUUUUUCACGACAAGAAAAAUGUCCACAUUGUAACAAUGAUUGGCAAGAUAUUGAACAAUCCAAUGAAGACACUUCAAGUGAAGAAGAAUGAAAGAAAUCAAGAAAAGAAAACAUCAAAUAUUUAAAUUUAUUUCUGUUUUGGUAAAGAUAAGAAAACUUCAAAGAUCAAAAAUAAAAAAAUUACGUUAUAUCCGGUUCCGACCAUCUUAUUAUAACAUUAUUACCAUGUU